GAGUUGCUUCCAACGACGCAACGUCCCCCUCGGAGUCGCUGGAUGCCCUUUUGGACCGACCAAACUGAAGGCCGGAUCCCAAAUUGCCCCCAAGCGUUCGAUCCCCUCUUUGAUCCUUUCAUGAGAACGAGCAUCAUCUCCUGGAUUCGAUUCUCGUUCUCGCCUUCGAGCUCUUGAUCCCGAGGAGCGAAUUCUUAAGAGGAAGAUUCUAAAUGUCUCUGAGAGGAAUUAGGGAUUCCACCAGCCUUCCAUGACCGAUGAUAAGGCGAUCUCCUACUCGGAGAGCACCGAUGGGUGGCUUUCUCGGCAGCUUCCUGCUGCCUCUGCUGCUCUUGGCAGCUUCUUUGCUUGGUUGGAAUUUGAUCUCUCUGAUCGAUAUGUUACUUUUUUUUGCGAUUCUCUUUGUUUCUCCAAGAGGAGGAUUCAGUUCUUGGACAGUAUAUACCACAGCAUGCUGUACAAUCAUCUUUUCAAUGCUUAUGCUCUUAGGGCAAAUGAUUUUUCAUCUUGUUUGGUGUAUUGAAGGGGACAAAUGGCCUAUAGCAGAUGCUUAUUGGGCCAAGCUAAUUGGAUUAGUAAGAGACCAGCCAUGGGGAUCGACAUCUGUUAUUUACUUUGUUAUUAUACAAAUAUCAGCAGCUUUUGUUGCUUUAGUUGAAGUCCUCAGCAAUAGAUUCCAUCAAGACUCUUGUUGGCUAAACUUUUUAUCGGCAACUAAUAAUAUAGGCUAUCACCUAAGGGUGGUCUGCUGCUUAGUUCUUCCAGCCAUGCAGUUGGUUGUGGGUAUUAGUCAUCCCUCUUGGAUAUCUCUACCCUUCUUUGUUUGUAGCUGUGUUGGCAUUGUUGAUUGGUCUCUAACUAGCAACUUUCUUGGCCUCUUCCGGUGGUGGAGGCCUCUCCUAUUAUAUGCUUGCUUCAGUAUUCUUAUUAUUUAUAUCUACCAGCUUCCGGUGGUUUUUCCCAGUAUGUUCCUUGUCUUUGCUGAUUUUGUUGGUCUAUACAAAAUAAACAGAAGAUCAGAUUGUUCUGAACUUUGUUCUGCGGUCUCCCUUCUAAUAUAUUAUUUCAUGUUGUCUUCUGUCAAGUGUGAUUUGCAAGAAAUGGAUUUUAUAAUGUCUAUGAAGAAUAACAGUUUGGUGGAGCAACUUCUACCAUCAAGGCAUUCGUUUUUCAUCCGAGAAUCUCGGUCUGGUAAAAAGCAUACAAAUGUUUUAUUGAGAGGAUCAGUUUUCAGAAAUUUCAGUAUCAACUUCUUCACUUAUGGUUUCCCGGUGUUGUUAUUUUCUCUUUCCUUUUGGAGCUUCAGUUUCACUAGUAUAUGUGCUUUUGGAUUGCUGGCAUAUGUUGGCUAUGUGUUAUUUUCCUUUCCCUCCUUGGUCGAAUUGCACCGGUUGAAUGGGAUGCUUCUAAUUUUUAUCCUUCUUUGGGCUACUAGCACAUAUGUAUUCAAUGUGGCAUUCACGUUGCUUAACAAAAAGAUCCAGAAGGACAUGGUGAUUUGGGAAACUAUUGGGCUGUGGCACUAUCCUAUUCCUGGCUUUUUCUUACUUGCACAAUUUGGUCUUGGAGGCCUUGUGGCAUUGGUUAACCUCGUAAAUAAUUCUGUUUUUUUGUACUUGUCUGAUGAGGGUGGGCAGUUUUCCAACAAUGACAAUAUAGUUGAAGAGAAAGAAGAUACAAAGGUAUUAAUUGUGGCUACUGUAGCUUGGGUGCUACGCAAAAUUUCUCGUGCAAUCACCCUUUUGCUUCUCUUUCUUCUUGUCAUAAAACCUGGCCUUGUUCAUGCUGCUUACAUGUGCUUCUUCUUGGUGUUUCUAUUGAGCCACUCUAUAAGCAAAAAGAUGCGCCAAGCUUUAAUUAUCUUUUGUGAGGUGCAUUUUUCACUGUUAUACAUCCUGCAGCUCGAUCUAAUAUCAAAAUCCUUGGAACGAAGUGGUUCCUUGACAUUGGUAAUUCUAUCACAGUUAGGAUUGCCACAGCAUGCUAGUUAUGUUGAUUUUGUGGAGAUAGGUGUCCUGGUGUGUUUUUGUGCAUUGCAGAACCAUGGAUUUGAUAUCCUCUGUUCAUUUUCUGCUAUUCUCCAGCAUACACCACGUCCUCCACUUGGAUUUAGUAUCUUGAAAGCUGGUCUGAAGAAAUCAGUUUUGCUAUCAGUGUACAACUCACCAAGCUCCAGAGACAGACAGUGCUUCAGCUCUUCACAUGAGCGAAAGAUAGCAACAUAUCUCAGCAAAGUCAGUGAAAAGUUUCUGUCUACAUAUCGCUCGUAUGGGUCAUAUGUGGCAUUUCUUACUAUCCUUUGCACUCUAUAUCUGGUGACUCCAAAUUAUAUAUCAUUUGGUUAUCUUUUCUUCCUCCUGUUUUGGAUAAUUGGAAGGCAGCUUGUGGAGAAGACACGGAGGAGACUUUGGCUUCCCUUAAAAGUCUAUGCCACAGUAGUUUUUAUUUUCACCUACAGCUUAAGUAUCUCUUCUGUUUUAUCAUCAUGGGUAUCCAAGUUGGUUAAUCUGUACCCUGAUUUGGGAUUUAAUCCUGAAGUUUCUUUGUUGGAGAAUGUCUGGGAAUCGUUGGCUGUUUUGGUUGUAAUGCAACUCUACAGCUAUGAAAGGAGACAGAGCAGGUAUAAGACAGUUGAUUCUUCUGAUGCAUCAGAGUCUGGAUUUCUUGGUUUUGUCAGAAGAUUCCUGAUAUGGCAUAGUGACAAGCUCUUGUCAUUUGCUCUAUUUUAUGCUUCUUUGUCUUCGAUAAGUGUAUUUGGCCUUGUAUAUCUUUUGGGACUUACUAUAUGUUCCCUUCUACCAAAAGCUUCAAGAAUUCCAUCCAAAGCAUUUCUGCUUUAUACAGGAUUGCUUGUUAUGUCAGAAUAUCUCUUCCAGAUGUGGUGCAAACUUGCAGAUAUGUGUCCUGGUCAGCAGCUCUAUGGUUUAGCACUUUUUCUUGGUUUCAAAUAUUAUGACUCUGGAUUUUGGGGUCUUGAGUCUGGACUGAGGGGAAAGAUUCUGGUAAUAGUGGCAUGCACACUACAAUACAAUGUUUUUCAUUGGUUAGAUGGGAUGCCAGACUCUCUAGUACACAAGGGUAAGUGGGAGGAGCCUUGCCAAUUGUUUAUAUCAACAGAGCAUUCUUCAAGUGGUAUUAUGGUCUACACUGAAGAAGACAAGAGAUUGUUAGAUUCAACUUUAGUAUCUACAAGUGAAAGCGCUACUAAUUUGAGUCCAUCAUUUGGUUCCAACCUCAACAGAAAAUCAGACUCGAUUCUUAAUAUGAUCAGAGGCUCGCAGAAUAAGAAAUACUCAUUUGCAUACAUAUGGGGCAGUUCUAAAGAGAGUCACAAAUGGAAUAAAAAACGCAUCCUUGCUUUGAAAAAGGAGAGACUUGAAAUGCAGAAGACUACACUAAAAAUUUAUAUGAAAUUUUGGAUGGAAAAUUUAUUUAAACUACGAGGCCUUGAGAUUAGCAUGAUUGUGUUACUACUGGCAAGUUUUGCUGUGCUGAAUGCCAUCUCAAUGUUCUAUAUCUUAUGCCUCGUCACAUGCAUUCUUCUAAAACGAGAAGUUAUUCGUAAGUUGUGGCCUAUGUUUGUUUUCAUAUUUGCUUCUGUCCUCAUUGUUGAAUACUUUGCCAUUUGGAGAGCUCUGAUUCCAUGGACUCAUGAAACUAGUGGGGUAGAGAUCCACUGCCAUGAUUGCUGGAGAAGCUCAGACCAUUACUUCAGCUUUUGCACAAACUGUUGGCUAGGGUUAAUUGUUGAUGAUCCACGAAUGCUUGUGAGCUACUAUUUGGUUUUUAUCUUUUCUUCUUUCAAACUCCGUUCAGAUCGUUUUGUGGGUUUCUCAGAAUCACAUACCUAUUUUCAAAUGAUGUCUCAGAGGAAAAGUGCAUUUGUUUGGAGGGACCUCUCAUUUGAAACAAAAAGCUUUUGGACUUUUCUUGAUUAUCUGAGGCUUUACUCUUAUUGUCAUUUAUUAGACAUUGUCCUUGCCUUAAUUUUGAUGACUGGAACCCUGGAAUAUGAUGUUUUGCAUCUCGGUUACCUUGGUUUUGCACUUGUUUUCUUCCGAAUGAGACUUGAAAUACUGAAAAAGAAGAACAAAAUCUUUAAAUUUUUGCGGAUAUAUAAUUUUACAGUCAUUGUGCUUUCUCUUGCCUAUCAAUCUCCUUAUCUUGGGAUUUUUAGCUCUGGCAAGUGUGAACAGAUUGACUACAUAUAUGAGGUUAUUGGUUUUUAUAAAUAUGAUUAUGGGUUUCGGAUAACAUCAAGGUCCGCAUUAGUCGAGAUAAUAAUCUUUCUGCUAGUAUCUGUUCAGUCAUAUAUCUUCUGCUCUGGAGAAUUUGAGUAUGUAGCAAGAUAUCUGGAAGCAGAGCAGAUUGGUGCCAUGGUCCGAGAGCAAGAGAAAAGGGCUGCUUGGAAAACUGCACAGUUGCAGCAUAUCCGCAAAUCAGAAGAACAAAAACGUCAUCGUAACAUGCAAGUAGAAAAGAUUAAAUCUGAAAUGCUUAAUCUACAAGUUCAGCUUGACAGCAUUAACUCGAUUCAGCCUCUUAACAACAGUACAAUGCAACCAGGUCUUCGACAUAGAAGGAGCUCUUCCAUAAGUGCAGAAAAAGUUAGUCAGAUGCCAGAUAAUGAGUUCAAAUCACCCACAAAGCAGGAUGAAGAUGUCAGUAAAGAAGCAUACCAUUCCUUUGACUUUACAUUGCCUGAAAUAUACAUGAAUAUGACACCUCCUCCAUUGAUAUCUGAUAUUCAACACUCACCUACUAGUGCAAAAAGUGGAAGCUCAUUAUCUGAGGAUAUGAAACAUAACCCAGAUUCUAUUUGUGAGAUAAGUGAACUUGGAGAUGCAGACGAUGCAGCACACUGGAAUGCAAACAGAAGAGAGAAGCAAAGGGGCAAGAAUAAGGAUAACCCUUUAGUAUCUGCUGUGCAGCUGAUUGGUGAUGGCGUUUCUCAAGUGCAGUCCCUUGGAAAUCAGGCAGUAACGAAUAUUGUGAGUUUCUUGAACAUUGAGCCUGAAGAGUUUGAUUCAAGUGGGCACUCCUAUGCAGAUGAUAGGGCAUUUAAUGAAACUAAGAGUCAGAAGAAUGUAGAAUAUGGAUAUUUAGAUGGGAUGUCUUCUGUUCAUUCUGGUAUGGGUACAUCAAUUGCCCCAGCUAGCCUGCAAAUAGGAAGAAUCUUUGGUUUUAUAUGGUCACAAAUGCGCUCGAAUAACGAUGUUGUUUGCUACUGUUGCUUUAUACUUGUCUUCCUCUGGAAUUUUAGUUUGCUUUCAAUGUUUUAUCUUGCUGCUCUUUUUCUUUAUGCCCUGUGUGUAAAUUCUGGCCCUACUUUCAUGUUCUGGAUUAUCAUGCUGAUCUACACAGAGGUCAAUAUUUUGCUUCAGUACAUGUAUCAGAUUAUAAUCCAGCACUGUGGAUUGACUAUGAAAGUACCUUUAUUGCAAAAGUUAGGGUUUCCUGAACAUAGAAUAAAGGCAUCAUUUGUUAUCAGCACCUUACCUUUAUUUCUGGUUUACAUAUCAACUCUUCUCCAAAGUUCAAUAACAGCUAAAGAUGGUGAAUGGGCACCAGUAACAGAUUUUAAAAUUUCACUGAGAAAAAGUCAUUAUGAACAAGGCUCUAGCUCAAAUGAUGGUUGCAGAGACAGGGCACAACGAUUACUUUUAUCACUAAUGAAUCCACUUAAAAUGAUAUCAAGAAGCUUCACUAGGUAUUGGAGGUCGAUAACUCAAGGAUUAGAGGCUCCCCCAUACUUUGUUCAACUAUCGAUGGAAGUUGAUCAAUGGCCAGAGGAUGGGAUCCAACCAGAGAUGAUAGAAUCUGGAAUAAAUGAGUUGCUUAGUAAGGCUCAUGAAGAAAGAUGUGAUGCCGAAGAUCCUUCUUCAUGCCAUUCUGCUAGUAGAGUUCGAAUUCAAAGCAUUGAAAGAAGUCAAGAAAAUAAAAAUAUUGUUCUUGCUGUUCUUGAAGUUGUGUAUGCUUCUCCCUCUGAGGGAUGUGCAUCAGUAGAAUGGUACAGGUCACUAACCCCAGCUUUAGAUGUAGCAGCAGAGAUUCUUAACUCUCAUGUUUCUGGAAUUGUAAAAGGAAUUCACUUACCAUAUCCUAUAAUUUCUGUGAUUGGUGGAGGCAAAAGAGAAAUCGACCUAUACGCAUAUGUUUUUGGCGCUGAUUUGGCAGUGUUCUUUCUAGUUGCAAUGUUUUACCAAUCAGUCAUCAAGAACAAUAGCAAGCUUCUAGAUGUUUAUCAGCUUGAAGAUCAAUUUCCUAAGGAGUUUGUUUUCAUAUUAAUGGUUCUUUUUUUCUUAAUUGUUCUUGAUCGCAUUAUAUACCUUUGUUCUUUUGCCAUCAGCAAAGUUAUAUUUUACAUUUUCAAUCUUAUCCUCUUCACCUAUUCAGUCACUGAAUAUGCUUGGCAUAUGGAAUCAUCUCACAAGCACAUAGGAGGACUUGCUCUUCGUGCUAUAUACUUGACAAAGUCUGUUUCCUUAGCAUUACAGGCAUUACAAAUCCGCUACGGGAUCCCCAACAAAAGCACUUUGUAUCGUCAGUUUUUAACCAGCAAAGUUACACAAGUACACUAUUUGGGAUUCCGACUGUACCGUGUUAUACCUUUCUUGUAUGAAUUACGAUGUGUACUUGAUUGGUCUUGCACCUAUACAUCUCUGACAAUGUAUGAUUGGUUGAAGUUGGAGGACAUCUAUGCAAGUUUGUUUCUCGUCAAGUGUGAUGCGGAUUUGAACAGAGCAAAACACCAACAAGGACAAAGACAAAGUAAAAUGACCAAAUUCUGCAGUGGCAUUUGUUUAUUCUUCAUACUAAUAUGUGUAAUCUGGGCCCCUAUGCUGAUAUAUAGCAGUGGUAAUCCAACCAACAUAGCUAAUCCUGUUAUUGAUGUGAGUAUACAAAUUGAUAUCAAAUCAGCAGGUGGGAGGCUUACCCUUUAUCAAUCCGCCAUAUGCGAAAAGUUUCCAUGGAAAAGUUUGGGGUUUCACGAUAAACUCGCCCCCCACAAUUAUUUGGAUACAUACAACGUGCAGGAUAUUCAAUUGAUCUGCUGUCAGGCUGAUGCAAGCACAGUAUGGCUGGUCCCUCCUAUUGUUCAGAACAGAUAUGCCAAAUCCAUUGAUCUGAAUACAAGCAUAAUAUUCACAUGGAUCUUCAUAAGGGAGAGACCAAAGGGGAAGGAAGCUGUUAAAUAUGAAUCAGUUGUUGAAAAUUGUCCCUGCUUAUCUGACAUCAAGCAAGUGCUCAGUGGCACAUCGGACAGCUUUAACAUAACUGAUGCAUAUCCUAAAUUCUUCCGGGUUACUAGCUCUGGUGAAGUGCGGCCUCUUGAACCAACAGUAACCUACAUUAGUGGUGAUAUUUACAUGAAUCAUGGGAGUCCACCAUGGUGGUCCUUCAAUGUUAGUAAUGCAUUGGAUGUGGAAGAAUGCGAUGGAUUCACUGGACCAAUGGCUGUUGUGGUAUCUGAGGAGACACCACAGGGUAUCCUUGGUGAAACACUAAGCAAGUUCAGCAUUUGGAGUCUCUACCUUACUUUUGUUCUAGCUGUUGGCCGAUUUAUUAGACUUCAGUGUUCUGACUUGAGGAUGAGAAUACCCUAUGAGAAUCUUCCUUCAUGUGACAGACUUAUAGCAAUAUGCGAGAACAUCUAUGCCGCACGUGCAGAGGGUGAGUUAGAAGUGGAAGAGGUUCUUUAUUGGACCCUAGUAAAGAUCUACAGAUCUCCACACAUGCUUCUUGAAUACACCAAGUCUGAUUGAAAGGGAAGCAGCUGAUGAGUUCCAAUUUUGGGAAGAGAUAAUUGUGGAGAGAAAAUGAGAACAAUAUCACAGUAACGGCAGGCAAAAAGUUGGAAGUUUUGAAAUGUAAUGCUGCUUAAUUGUAUGCAAUUUUAUUAUUAUAUCUACUCCAAGCUAUGAUCACAUGGUAUUAUGCUGGACUUUCUUUGUUGGCAGAUGAGUCGGAGUUUAUGAUGGAUAACUCACUGCCAGGGUGCUGAUAUCGGAAUGUUACGGUGACCUUGCUCUGUACAGUUGUAAUAUGUUGUAUAUAGAAAUCAUAUGGGGAUCUCAAGGACCUUGAUUUCUAUUCCUUUGUCUUUGCAGACAUGAGAAUCUUACAUAGAAUUUUACUUUUUUAAUUUAUUGAACAUUUAUUGAAGAUAUUGGAUUUUGAAAUUGUUUUUCUUA